AUGCAGACCGGAUCGCUAUUGCAGUACGGCUGUAGUCAUCCCAUCACCACGUUAACCGGAGUGUUUCUUGCGUGGAAAUCAAUUUUGCUGCUGGUUGUUGUGACCAGCCCAGGACUAGGAUAUGACACUUCUACCAGCUUGCUCUCGGCGGGUUUAAAGCAGAAUGUGACAGGGCUCGCAUCGGAUACGCCGAACAAUAUCCCAACCCUGUGGCUGAAUUUUGUACGUUGGGACGCCAUCUACUUUACGCAAAUGGCUCAACAUGGACAUGUCUUCGAGCAGGAAUGGGCCUUUGGCAUUGGCAUAUCCUCGGCUAUAGGGUGGACUUCAAGAAUUCUCGAACGAUUCAUGGAUAUUGACUAUUCGACAUCAUCCAUGGUCGCCGGUGUAUGCUUGUCUCAUAUCGCGCAUUGGCUUGCUGUUGUACAGGUAUGGGCCAUAGGGAGCCAUUUGUCGGGGGAAGGGAGCAAGCCAUCGCAACAACAAUCGCAAUGGCCAAUCCCAUUCCUGGCAGGACUCAUGCAUAUUCUCUCCCCUGCUGGAGUAUUCUUGUCGACGCCAAACACCGAGAGUCUGUUUGCGUGCCUUUCUUUCUCUGGAUUCCUGACGUUCCUGUGGGCUACUGCCUACUUCAACCAAGCCAAGGUUCUACGAGGCUGCGUCAGCAUGGUCGCUGCAGGUGUGGCAUUCGGAUUGGCGACAAUAGUACGAAGCAACGGCAUACUCGCCGGCAUACCGUUCCUGAUCGAAGCGGCCACGAUCGGGUUGGCCGCGCUCUUUCAAGUUCCCUCGUUGCCACGAUUGCUCCGUCUCGCCUCUGUCGUCGUCGGUGGACUCUUGGUUGCUACGGGAAUGGUAAUUCCCCAAUUCCUCGCCUACCAAGAAUAUUGCGCGGGUCGAAGUCCUGGUCAGCAGAGGCGGGAAUGGUGCGAGUGGACAGUUCCUUCGAUUUUUACAUUCGUCCAGUCACACUACUGGAACGUCGGCCCAUUUCGAUAUUGGACCUUGUCGAAUCUUCCCUUGUUUCUCCUUGCUGCCCCGACACUUUGGAUCCUGACUCAAUCCGCGAUCGAGGCCCUGCAAAAGCCAGAAACUAUUCGAGGCGGAUACCCAUUGUUGGCAAGCACGAACGGCAGGCAGCAAAGACUUGUGGCAAGCCUGGCAUUACCUCAACCUUUGCUAGCUGUCCUUGCAUUCACGAGUUACCAUGUGCAAAUUAUCACGAGAAUUUCAUCCGGUUAUCCUCUAUGGUAUGUCUGGCUGGCUGCAAAGACUAGAGGUGAAAAUGCCAAACACGCAUCGGUUAUCAUUCGAUGGAUGAUGGUCUAUGCACUUGUUCAAGCUGGGCUGUACGCAUCGUUCCCAUCGGCACCUGGCCCAAGGAGGAACGCUUCAAGGAGCUCGGCAUGUUCUACCGCGCACAGUCCAUCGACGCCGUCGAGCCCUACACCCUGGCCCUGUACACUCGUGUCCUGGGAUAUUCGCCGGACGAAGCCAGGAUCGUCUCUUGGGAAACACGGUUCAGAAAUAUCCAGGGCUACAUCUCCGGCCGGUGCAGCGAACAUGGAGAAUGGAAGCCCUGAGGGUGAAGACCUGGUCAAGCGCAACAGGCCGAGAACGUAUCCUUACUUCGAAACUCUUCCCUAUCCUAUCGAAGAUGAGGCCACAAGACAGGAGAAUCUGUCUAAGAUCCUGGACCAGCUGUAUAUUGCCCUUCAAUCGAGCGACUUCACCCCGGGAGCGGUCCAUUGGACAAAAGAACUUCGAAGUUGGAUGUCUCUAAAGUUUGAUCCUACAAAGGCACAGCGUGUGAAACUUGUCAAGCUCUAUUUCGAACUCGCUCUGGCUCCAGGCAUCGAGCCGGGCGUAAGUGAGCGUUUCGCUAGCAUGUUCAUGCUUCUCACAAAACGAAAGCAUUACCUGCGUCCCCUCAAAGAUCUCACCCUCGACUGGCGACCGUUGUAUCGCGAACUAAAGGUCUUCGUCCUCCCUAGCGAAUCUGGGCUGAUGCAAACUACUAGUUUGAAGAGAAACAUCAAGACCCUCACCAAGAUCACUUCAUUUGCUCAGUUAUACUUCGACCCCGAAGACAUCCCAGCAAUGUUAGAAGAGAUGUUGCCACAUUUUACAAUGUCGUCCGCCGAAGGGGCAUUUGUCGUGAUAGGGCUGCUGAACAUGCUCCUACCGACGGCACCGCCGCCGCCUAAUAGGCAGGAUCUAGUCCCUCAGCAAUUCCUACCCACAUUUUUCCAUUUAUGGUCAUUGGUAAAUCGCUCGCGGACGACAGAUGUUGCAUUCCUUGAUCUGUUCUCGCGCAUGGCCAGGGACACACUCCCGUGCAGUCAUAUAGACUUCUCGGAGUUCGGUAUUUUCACAGCUGAGCAGUCGACUCUGAUGACAACGGCGAUUCUGAGACUCUUGGAAAUCCCAGUGGGUCAGUCCACAUCUCCGUACAGCGCUCUCGUCGAUUUAUCCGCGGGAAUGGGUAUUCUUCUGGAUAGAGACUCUCGAAAGCAUCCCGUGUCACACCACAUUGCACGCUGGUUUGUGAUGUCUUUGUCGCCUGCUUGCCUCGAGAAGAAGACAUCCGUUCUCUCAUUACUUGAGAAUCUAAUCCAAGCAAUCGAGACCUUCUUCCAUCCUUCUAAUUCAGGUUCGUGGACGAGAACGCUAGCUCAACUCGUGUUCUAUCUGGCAGACUUCUUUGUCAUGCGGUGGAACAGAGAACGCAACGGAGAGAUGGAGGUGCCUAAGGAGAGACGGCUGAAUGAACCCCUUCGCAAGAGAUUUGUGUUAUGUUUGCGUGAAGUCAUCUUCAUGGGCAUAUAUGCCAAAAGCGGGACAGCAAUGAGCUAUUCGUUAUCAACUCUGCAGGCAUUAGCAUUCUUAGAGCCAGACUUGGUUUUGCCCGGGGCCCUGCAACGAAUCUAUCCUUCGAUGCAAGGGCUCGUUGAGGUUCACCGCACAGUGUCAUCCUUGCGGUCUCUACAAAUCUUAGCGCGGACAAUGGUGAGAACGAAGGGGUACCGAUGUCACAUCACAGCCUUACUCGGGCUUGCAUUGCCUGGAAUCGAUGCCAACGAUCUGGAAAAAACGCUAUACACCCUCUCCUUUUUCGGGAUUGUUUGCUAUAACAUUCCUUUCGAAGAUCUUUCCAAAGACCGAACAGACAUUCAAGGUAACAUGUUGGCGAUGGAGUGGAUCACUGGUGAAAUGGAGCGGAUGGAGCAGGAAGGUGCUUCUGUAGAGCUCAACUAUGCUGACCUGGAUGAAAACAUGGAAGAGAUGAUUCUGGCCUCGUCAACUGCUGGUUUUAGCGAGUUCGUUUCCUCUUUCUUGGGUCGAGUCUUUACCCUUCUCGAAAAUCUCCCCGAUGCUGCACGAAUAAGGAGCGGAUCACCCGAAGAAAAUAUUGUCAACACACUACCGGCAGCCUUCCAGCCUCUAUUGGCAUCCCUAUCCCCAGAGCUAUUCGACUUGGCUCUCAAUAAGAUCGUGGAUUUUGUUGCAAACCAUGUCAUCCACCAAUCUAGGGAUGCUAUGGCCUUCAUUUGUAAUUGUCUCUGCAAGGUCAAUCCAGAGAAGGCCCUCGCCAAGUUCGUCCCUGUAUUGAUCAGCGCUAUUCGCACAGAGAUCGAUGAAAAUGGGGCCGGAACAACAAGAAAUGCUGCGGCUGAUGUCCUACCUCGCGAUCGUGGCCUGGUUUGGAACAUCAGCAUGCUCAGCAUGUGUGUGGUCCAUGUUGGGUCCGCCGUCCUCAAAUACAAGCAGGAACUAUUUGAUAUCGCGAUUUACAUGCAGCAAAAAUGCAAGGGCACGUCGACUGUACAUGUGUCGAACUAUAUUCACCAUUUACUGCUGAACCUCACUGUCACGUUUACGGCGGACCACGCUUUGUAUGAGCCGGAGAGACUACAAGAUGGCAUAAAGCCUCACUUGUGGGGGCUUGCGGAACCUCCAGCGACCAUCAAACCAAAAUGGCACGUUCCUUGCAAAGAAGAGAUUGAAUUUGCAGUUGAGCUUUUUCAAAAUCAAGUAGAGACUUCUCUAAAGCAUCUCAGAGGUCUCAUACAAGGCACAUCUAGCAUCAAGCGUGACGGGAGCGGCAAAGAAUGGUCAGACGAAGUCUCACGCAAUCUCGUCCUCCUUCGACUCCUCCUUGCAGGUAUCUCAGCUCUAUUCGAUUCUAAUGGAGUCAAUGAAGGCCUGAAAACAACAGCGGCGGGAAUCGAUGCUGAGAAUUCCUUAUCCGAAACGAACGGUCAUGCCCUCGACAUGAGUGACAGGGAUGAUGAAAGUGACGACACGAGUGGAGGGGACUCGUACCUCGACAGCACUGACGAGACGUCCCUUAAACCAUCCUUCCAAUAUCCAUGUGGACAGGUACUCAAGCCUGGCGAUGAUCUGUACCGUGCUCUUCAUUCCCUGCGACAAGAUAUUGGGCGCGUGUUGCAUGAAGUGCACGAGUUUCUUACUCGAGAAGGUGAAGACGACGUUUCAUCUUUCGCCCCUUUGUACACCGCUUAUAGGUCAUGGUUUGUUGAUGUCGGCCUCGAACGAUCAGCUCACGUGCUCGACAGGGUUACUCGUCUGCUACAUGCAGACGAACACCCGUAUAAGGUCAGUGGUGUGAGGAAGGACUAUCCUCGGUCUAUCCUCGUUCGUCGCGCAAAUGUGUACCACACCCAAAGAGUUAGACACAAUGCGACCCCCAGACCUCGAUCAGAGUUGGAUGAGCAACUCCUGCUCGACCUUGCCCAGUCGUCUGUGUCGCUUUACACCGAGGUGCGCAGAAAUGCACAGAGCGCUGGGGAGUCUGCCCUCAAAGUCAUUUUUGGCGCUCGAUUGUUUGUCAUUCCACCGCUCCUGGCAUCAUUUCAACAGGCUGUGAAGAUCAACAACUUCCCUCGCAUCAAAGGGGGCUUAUUUGCCCUCCUCUUUGGUAGUCUUGCCAAGACGGUAGGCAGACAUUGGAAGUACACGCCUGACGUGAUCCGAACUUUCAUCGAAGCCAGUACAGCCGAUAAACCGUCGAUCCAAAAGCUUUGCAGUGGUGGUCUAUACCAGAUCAUGGAGUAUGGUCGCCCUGGGCAUCGCAUGGCAAUCAUCGACCGUGCAUUUGUUGACCCAUUCGCUCCUGAGGAGGAUGUUGAAGAUAAAAUUCAAAAGAAGAAGAAAUUUAUUCUCACCAAACGUGCUAAUAUUGAGCGAAAGAAAGCGGAAUUGGCCGAAGAGCUCAUUCAGCUUGCUCGUCUAUCUCACUGGAAAAAGGCCACUCGCGUUGCUACCAUCGUCAUGUCUCUUGGUCUUCGUUUUGAUCAUAUUGCUUCUGACAGCAUGAUCGACCUCAUUACACGUGGCACAAUCGACCCUCAUCCUGGACUUCGGGGGCUCUAUUCACAAGGAUUGGUGGCCCUCUUCACUAUGACUGAUGUUCGAGCCGUUUGCAACCACGACUAUGCCAACUAUAUUCAGGCAUUGCAAGAAUUUCCUGCCAAAGUGAAAGUGGACACUCACGCAGAAGACCCAGCAUGGACAGACGGCUACCUGAAAGCAUUCUCUCAGCCAGAAGCUGACGUUUACAUUGAUCACGACUAUCCAGGUUGGCUGGUUUGGUCCAAGACCAUGCCUGGGUACAAAGCCAAUGUCAAAGAUGAUAUCAUUUAUGAUGAUCUGGAGUAUAGGAAGCGCGGAAUCAUCGGCAAGUUGUUGGACCGAGAGUGGUUCGUUACCUUUUUCAAAUACCUCAAACAGGAACCUCGCGACCAGUCUGCCGAUAAAUUCCGCAUGGCCAGUGCUGCGAUGUUGACCUACGCCUUCGAAUUGGUCAUUAGAGAUGGCUUAGCUGUUGCGACGUUCGAGGACAUUAAAGAAGAAACACUGAAGGUCUUCGAAGAUGGAAGCGACAAACAUCAACACCGUGCGACGGCCGAAAUCCUUGCUGGUUUAGUGACAUCCGUGAUGGACAAUUCAAUCGAGAGACGUACUAUGGUCUGGGAGUUCGCAUUUCCUAUCAUUCAACGUGUCUUCUCGGAUGGCUUGACCCCGGAGAACAGUGGCUACUGGACGACGUUCUUGCACAUGAUCAUGCAGGCUAGAGAUCCACGGCGAGCUUGGCCUUUGGUUGAGUGGUUGACAAAUUUCCGCCUGGAUAUGGGUUCCAAUGCUGCAUUUAAAGAGAGCUCAAAGAUUCAUCUCCUCCAUCAAGUUAUCAUGGAUGCUGGCUGGCAUUUCCAGCUUGAUGCUCCCAUUACAGAAGACUUUUUCGCUCACAUUGAUCAUCCAUACAAGGGCGUUCGCGAAGCCAUGGCACAUACCCUUGCUACCAUCACCCGAACUCGGUAUCAUGAGUCCUUCAAAGAUGUCCAAGACCUUAUCAACGCGCAGAAGGCUGCCGGUUCUAUUGGAGUCCAGCCCUAUGUUCCCACCAAGGAAUUCGAUGACAGAAUGCUUGAGAUCUUCGAGCGUCUCGAGAAAUGGCGACAUGAACGCGCCCCAGGUCAACAGACGCCGUCACCCUACACUUCAGGAAGUAAAACGGUGCUACUGUGGCUCGAUUCCAUGCUUUCAUCUUACGAAUGCACCCAGCUCCUCAAAUACUUUCCUGACCUUUUCACCGAGCAAUUCUUGCAUAUGAUGGAUGUCAAGGAAGACCCCGAGUUACAAUCCCUGGCUUACCAUGUUUUCCGCCAUCUGCCAAAUAUUCCUCACCAUAUGGGAGAAGACGCGAAAUUGAUUGCCUCUUUGAUUCGCAUUGGACGAACGUCUCCGUCAUGGCAUCAACGGCUUCGAGUCAUGAUCAACAUGCAAAUCAUCUUCUUCAGACGGUUGUUUCUGUUAUCCGAGGCAAGCAAACAGAAGCUGUUCGACUGUGUAGCCGACAUGCUUGAAGACUCCCAACAUGAAGUUCGUGCCGGAGCUGCUACCACCUUGUCGGGGAUGAUCAGAUGUUCGCCUUUAGAUUUGAGAGAGAGGAUGAUCAUUAGCCUACGUGACCGAUUUACUCAGAUGCUGAUUGACAACCCCUUGCCCAAGAAACCUAAGGGUCAACUUGCCGGGUUGUCCUCGGCUCGCACGUCAGGCACGAACACACCAACGCCAGAAGCUCAACGGCUGGUCAUUACCCGCCACGCUGCAGUUCUGGGACUGGGUGCACUGAUUCAAGCGUUUCCAUAUUCCAGCCCGCCACCGCCGUGGAUGCCUGAUGUGCUUGUCACGUUAAGCCAGAAAGCCGCCAAUGAUCCUGCAACUGUGGGUAACAGCGUCAAGAGCAUCAUUAGCGACUUUAAGAAGACGAGGCAGGAUACUUGGCACAUUGACGUGAAGGCAUUCAAACCGGAACAAAUCGACGACCUCUCAGGUGUACUGUGGAAAAGCUACUUCGCGUGA